CGCCUCCUCCGGUGAGGCUCCUGCCUCACGUCCUGAUGGUCGCAGCGCGGCGCUCUUCGUGCACCGGGCGCCGACCCACGCUCGGGCCCCAGAGCCGAGCCGCCAGCCAUGGCCGCUCCCCGCGGGAGGGCCGCACCCUGGACGACCGCCCUGCUGCUGCUCCUGGCCUCGCAGGUCCUAUCCCCGGGGAGCUGCGCGGACGAGGAGGAGGUCCCGGAGGAGUGGGUGCUUCUGCACGUCGUCCAGGGCCAGAUAGGCGCGGGGAACUACAGCUACCUGCGGCUGAACCACGAGGGCAAGAUCGUCCUCAGGAUGCGCAGCCUCAAGGGCGACGCGGACCUCUACGUCUCCGCCAGCAGCCUGCACCCCAGCUUCGACGACUACGAGCUGCAGUCGGCCACCUGCGGCCCGGACGCCGUGUCGAUCCCCGCGCACUUCCGGCGCCCAGUGGGCAUCGGCGUCUACGGACACCCGUCCCACCUGGAGAGCGAGUUCGAGAUGAAGGUGUACUAUGACGGCACGGUCGAGCAGCACCCGUUCGACGAGGCCGCCUACCCCGCUGACGGCGCAGAUGCCGGCCAGAAGCACGCUCGUGCGCCAGAAGAUGCCUCGCAAGAGGAGGAAUCUGUUCUCUGGACGAUAUUAAUUAGCAUUUUGAAGCUAGUACUUGAAAUUCUCUUUUGAGUUCUUAACCACGCCCUGGAGUAUAAAAUCCUCCAUCUGUGAAGCUGAUUGCAGUUUGCUGUGAACCUUGCUACUUGUACUUGAAGUUGUAGUUACCUUUUUCUAGUCAAGGGAUGGAAAAAUAAAGCCAUACGCAUUUUGUUACCUCAGUUACCCCCAAAAUAGGAAAAGCAGCAAGCACAGUAUUUGUUUUCUUUUAAAGAUCAAAAUUCCUAUAUUAAAAAAAGGACCGUGUACCAUAAAAAGUUGACUCUAUUUUCAUUAGGUUGACUAAAAAUGAUGAUUGCCGUCACUUAGGUUUAUAUAAAUCGAAGUAGAGCAACCUUUCAUGCUGUUACACAGAUGAGAUUAAAAAGUUGGUAACUUUAUAAUUUUACUCUGGAGAUUGUAAGCGAGUUCAAGGUGUUAACAGUUACUAAAAUCACUGGAAAUGAUUUAUGUACACUUCCCUGAGCCUGGACUAAAGCCCCCAUGCCUGUACCCGAAGUAUGGAUGGUACUUUUCUAUACAAAAGGGAUUUCCUGGCCGGCAGGUAUUUACAAACUUUGUUCCUGUACCAGUCCAAGUAAUGACAACUCUAAAUCAAGCUGCACCAGAUCUUAUUAGGCCAUUUGUCAAUUUUGGGCUAUGAAUGAAAAUUCUUUAGUUAUUAAAUAACUUUGUUAAUGCUACCUAUGGUAGGCCAGAAACCAUGUAGAUUAGGAAGUUUCAUAAAAAUAACUUUUUGGACUAUGGAGAAAUAGUUAAGUUCCUAAAUAUUUCCACUGAAUUUUUGGAGUGAGCUAAUGUUACUAUAAAAUACUUCAGAAGAUGAAUUCUCUACCUGGAAUCAGUUUCAAGCAUAAGAGUUGCUUUUAACAGAAAUAAAUCAAAUGCAGAUUUUAAGCUCAGUUAAUUUCCAAAAAAAAAAAAAAAAGUUUUAUUAGCAUAAAAAUGAAAAUGUUGUAAAUAAAUUGGCACCAAAUUCUCCACUUAAAUGCAUAUACAAUAUUAGGGUCAAAAACUAUUUUAGCCCUCUUUGCUGUUUUUCCCCCUUCUGCCCACUUUCUUGGGUGUUGAGGGGGCCCGCUGACAACAGUCACAAAUCCAGCGACCUAGGAAAAAAAUUGUUAGUUAAUACAGAAUGAAAAGUAAUUUUUAUGGGACUGAUUUUUAAGCCUAUUUUAACUCUUAUUCCUUAGCUAUCACUAAUGAGAUUCCUCUGUGGAUUUUGUGGUGAGAAGGACACUGAGUUCCUUAAUUUAAGGAGAAAAACGUAAACUUAAUGUAAUCAAUGCUGUGCAAAAUUCAUUCCAAGUCAAGGGGAAUGGGAGAGAUGCAAUGCCAUACAGUGAUAUGGACCUUUAAAAAAUAAAAAAUCUUUCCUGAAAUUUUAACACUAUCAUACUUCAGAAGUUCAAUACAAACAAUGCAAAACCCAUUCUGGAAUUUGGCUUUUUUAAGCCAUUUUCUCUCCUGUUUACUGGCAGCUGUGUGUCUCAGCAUUCUUUCAAGUCCUGGUGUACUAUGCUGGCAGCACUUUAAAACUUCAAGUUUCUAAGAGCACAGUCGUAAAUUGUACUACGUACUUGAUCUGAAUUACUACAGAACCUUAAAUACGUUGCUUGCUUAAUGAUUCCCAGGAAACUUCAUUGUAGGCAUAUAUUUUAUAGAGCAUUAUACAGUGUUAACACUAUGCAAGUAAGUUCUAAAAUUACACAAUUAUCUGUGUAAUAUUUUAGUCCAAUUACUGUGAUUUAUUCAAUUCUCUUUGUUGUAAAGUUAUCUGGAACUGUCAUGCUGCCCUGAUUUAUAUAAAUCUAUAGUAGACUUUCUAUAGAAAUAUGUAAAGAUGUAGCAGUCAUUUUAUUAAGUUUCUAAAUAGAUAACAUAAAAAUAAAGGCUUUGAAACAAGAUGAUGCUCUGUUACUUUAGUAUUUCAGUAAAAAAAACACCAGCUCAUUCUAUGUAUAGAACUAUACUUCCAAAACUUAGCCUGGGCAUUCUGGCCUCUCAUUUAUCCUUUAGUUGGGUUGUCUAAGGAUGAAAAGCUGGUGGACAUGACCUGUAAAAUCACAGCUUUGGUCAUGUUUGCACAUAGGAGUCCACAAGCUCUUCAGGUCAUGAUAGGCUUUAUGCACCCUUAAGAAAGGAGUGCCAGGAGAGUCUCAUCACCAAAAGAUAACGUUUGUUCUUUUUAAAAUCUUUACCUGAUGGAAUAGCACCAAGGCCCACACAAAAAGUAUGAUAACCUCUGUCACACACAUCACAGAACAUCAUUUCUUCUUCAUGGUGGGGCUGUCCGCAUAUAAUGCAUGUUUUGCAUUCCAUACACUGCCAUGGGUACGUCUUAAUCAUAGAAACAAGCUCCAUUGUCAUAUCCAGGCAAGAAGGAUGGCCUAAAUCAAAACCAGUAUUAGUAGUAUCUCACAUAAGAAUUUUUAAGUUAAUAUGGCAUAUAAAAUACUAGUUUUCUUUAGGACUUCCAGAGAAUGGCUAUAAUGUUAAAUCACCAAAGAGAAAUGAAAGUACAAUGUAGAAGAAGACACAUGAACUGCAUCUAUGCUUCACAAGGUACCCUGCUUAUUUGAUAACAUCUGGUUGAAAUCUACCUGAAACUAUAAAUUACAGUUUUCGAACCAACAAACAUGGUGGUUAAGAUUUUAAAAAGAUAUUUAAAUACUUACCACUAUUCUCACAUUGGGAGCAGUGUAUAAGUGAUUCAGCCUUUCCUUUCUUGUUGGACUCCUUACCCUUCAGACAAAUUCCACAUAUAGCAUUUGGAAUGACCUUUGGCUGGAAGGGUAGAAGAGGGCUAUAAAUUCAUGCCAGAAGAGCUUACUAAGGGUUCAAAAGGAAUUGUUACUUUAUUGCCCUAUUUUUACUUUUGGUAACUUGCUAAUUAGCGAGGACCAUUUUUUGAAAGACAAAGCUUGACAGGAGUCUGUCUGCAACGUAAGACUGCCUACUGAAGAAAGCAUUAAUUUCAUUGUAAAAUUUUGUAAACAGCAUGAUCUCUCAUAUUAAAUGUAGCAUUCUAUACUCCCUACAUGCACAGUAAGAUCUGUUUAAGGACAGAAGGAUAGACUUAAAUACAAUGUAAAAUGUCACUUAAUUGGACAAGAAUAUCCAAUUACCGAUAAAUUUAAGACUUAACUCUAAAGAGAAAACCAUUUUAAAUAGCUUAUAUAUUGUUUAAAAACUGGUAUUUUCCAAAGCUGUAAAACUGAAUCUAUAAAAUCUAAGUUAAAAAAUCAGCUUAUCCUCUUUGGCAUCAUGGUAUUUUUUUAAAAAUCACUUUAAACAUUUUUAAUUGAAAGAUGUCUCAUGCAUACAUUGCCAUGUACAUAAAUGUUUGUGGAAAACUUAGUUGUGUGAUUAUUCUCUUUGUAUAUCUAAUAAAAGAAUCCAUACUUAAAAGGAUUCACUAUAAAAUGUAAAAUUAUAAAAGGGAAAAGUUUUCAGACAAGCAAAAAAAAAAUUGCAGUCACUUAAAAAAUUAAACAUUCUGAGUACUACUCAUCUUUCAGAUUAAAAACAUGCAUGGUCCAGUGAAGGUGUUUGGGUUUUAGACAUUUGGCAACACAUGGAAAUGACAAAGGAAAAAGGGUUCACUGCACUUAAAAUUACCAGGGAAGAGAGGACAUCCGAACGUCACAGCCUUGACUGUUACGAAUGACGUUCACUCAUGCUAUAGGAGUAAGUAAAUAACAGUGGUAAAACAGGAAAAGCAAACAUGGGCCAAGAAUAAAAUGGGAGAAAGGGGCAGGCAUACACACAUACAUACACACACACACACACACACACACACACACACACACACACGAACUGGGAAAAUAAAUAUUUUAACUGUUUCAUUGCUGUUUUAUUCCCACUCUGCCAAAUGCAUCCCUUUCCUAAUUUACUGAACCAAAGAAGAACCUAAACAAAACUCAAACUUUGUAUAUAUUCCAGCUUUGAAAUGUCUCACUGCCACCUUCAUUACCUGUUAGGCCUAAACAAUUUUUUCUUAAUUCUUUUAAGUUUUGUACUUUUUAGAUUAUCUUUCUUUGCAAAAGAUGACAGAGGCAUUCAAAAA